UCAGUCUCUCGCUUAUUGUGCGAGCGAGUCGGUUCGCUAUAUUUUCCCAACUUAGUUGUAUCAACUUGGGGUUCAGGAAUUAUAUCCUGUCCUAAAUCCGACAAAAAGGUCGACAACGAGACCACUUAUCGGUCGGUUGUGUAGCAGUGUCUAAUAUUGAGCCGGGUUUCUGGUGUUAUUCCUUUGUAAAUACUGUUAUUUGUAUAUACUGUAAAUGAUGACGUCCAUGGGCGGAAACCGAGCCCGGGGCAGCUGGGAGCAAACCCCAGGCCAGACACAGCACAAGCAGAGGCCUCAGGCUACUGCGGAGCAGAUCCGACUUGCGCAGAUGAUUUCAGACCACAAUGAUGCAGACUUUGAAGAGAAGGUUAAACAGCUGAUUGACAUCACAGGCAAGGACCAGGAUGAGUCUAUGAUCGCACUGCACGAUUGCAACGGUGAUGUCAACAGAGCAAUUAACGUGUUGCUGGAGGGUAACCCAGACACUGACUCUUGGGAAAUGGUGGGAAAGAAGAAAGGGGUGUCAGGCCCAAAGGAGACUAGCCAGGCAGAGACUGGAGAGGAAGGAAAAGAGAACAGGGAGAAAGGAGGAGAGAAAGAUGUAGCACGUCGUCGAGGUGGAGCUCUACGCAAGGGCCGUGGAGCCAGCAGGGGACGAGAGUUUCGUGGUCAAGAGAAUGGCUUGGAUGGAGCCAAGGCUGUCAUAGCUGGAAGAGGUGCAGAGCGAGGCCGAAGGGGAAGAGGCAGAGGAAGAGGAACUGUUGGAGUAUCUGGACGGCGAGGAGGCAGAUUUUCAGCGCAGGGCAUGGGCCAGAUUGAUAAGGGGCCCAGAUAUGAUAUUGCAGGAGGUGAGAGAACAUUCAACCCUGCUGACUAUGCGGAGCCAGCCCAGACUGAAGAAAACUAUGGAGGGGGCAGUACCUGGAACAACACAGGAAGUGCAGAGCUUGAGGAAGGAGCGAGGUUGGAAUAUGCUGCAGGAGAGGGAACAAAUUACCCGCCCAAGUUUGACUCUGCUCCUGGAGCCUGGAGGUCUGCCACAGAGGAGUGGGGCACUGAGGACUGGAAUGAGGAUCUUUCAGAGACCAAGAUAUUCACAGCUUCCAGUGUGGCGUCCGUCCCUCUGCCUCAAGAGAAUGUGACCAUCACCAAAGGACAAAGGAUUGACCUUGCAGUGCUCCUGGGAAAGACUCCCCCAUCCUCCUCUUCAGAGACAGAAAACCCCCCCAUGGAGGCCACCCAACCCCCAUCCUUGUCCCAGUCACUGGUUUUUAGUAACUCCAAGCAAGGAGUGCCGCUUUCCCAAACAUCGUCCAGCACCCCUUACACCCAGCACAGCAUGGUCAGCAUGCUGAGCAAGGGUUUCGGGGAUGUGGGGGACCCUAAAGGAGCUAGCACAGGGACCACUGGUUCUCAAUUCCUGGAGCAGUAUAAAACAGCCCAGGCACUGGCCCAGCUGGCAGCCCAGCACUCCCAGACUGGACCACCGAACACAACCCCUUCAUCCUGGGACACCAGUGCCACCUCACUGGGACAGUACGAAAUGAAAAAUCAGGCUGAGUCUGCAGUCCAUAUGCCCUUUACGAAGCGGCAGCCCUACCAGGCCGCCACCUCAACCUCGUCCAUGUUGGAUGUUUUCCUGCAGGACAAAGGUCUGCCUCCCUCCUCCUUGUCUUCUUCCUUACCACAACAAACAACAUCCUCAUCCCAUGCGGUGCCUCCGCCUGCUUCAUCCCUUCCCAAAAUGGCAGCAGUUCCUUCACUAGGUCAGCAAGUUUCCUCAAGUUCCUCAGAUGCCCAUGGUUCUAGUCCACUGCUGUUGCAGCAACACAAACUCAAACAGCAGAAGAAGAAGACUUCCAUUUCAACGAAGAUUCCUGCAUUGGCAGUAGAGAUGCCUGGCUCGGCAGACAUCACAGGUCUCAAUCUUCAGUUUGGUGCACUGCAGUUUGGGUCAGAACCAGUUCUACCAGACUAUGAGUCCACCCCUGUCACUACAACACAAGCCAACCAGGUUCACAACAGUCGCUACACUAGCCCCAGCAGUGAGUCAACUCCAGCUCUCUCCAACUCCAGUCAGAUGGACAUGUAUGAUCAGAGAGCUUCCCAGAACCGGCGCUACCCUCCCUCAGCCUCUUCCUCCCCUCAGAAGGAUAUGCAGCCCAAGAAUGGCUUCAGUUCGAUGCAAACUACACAAUCUGUGGAAGCUACAGCAGGCUCUGCAGUAUCGGUCAAGCCGGGUUCUGGUUCAGUCACGCCCGUGUCCAGCAUGGGCACUUUGGUUGACAGUGGCUCUGCCUCCUUGUUGUCUACAUCCAAUCAGACGUCCCUCAGCGGUCUGGGGCACAGUGAAGACCUGCCUCCCAACACCCUCCCCCCACCUCAACACAACAACUCUCACCAAUCGCAACAGAACAGCCACGUUCAAUCUUCAGUCCGGACAUCUAACCUUCUGCAUCACAGCGUAGACGGUGACUCAAGCCUGCACUCCUCAUCCUUCCCUUCCUCAGUGUCAGCCGUACAGUCAUCAGUUGCCUCCUCUUCCUCGGUGGCUGCUGCACAGGUGUCACUAGGGGCCCCUCAGGCCUCCUCUGUGGGCUCUACCACCAUUUCUGGCCUCGGCCCCGUCAGCAGUAUGGCCAUGGGCCUCAACACUGCCUCCAUUGCUGCAGCUGCUGCUGCAAUCGCCUCAGCGGCUUCCACCAUUCCUUCAUCAGCUACUUCCUCACGCAGCUCUGUGGCCUCAGGGAAAGCGCCUCCAAACCUGCCACUUGGAGUGCCCCCUCUACUGCCCAACCCAUACAUUAUGGCCCCUGGACUAAUGCACGCCUACCCUCCUCAGGUGUACGGCUAUGAUGACCUGCAGAUGCUGCAAACAAGAAUACCGCUGGACUAUUACAGCAUCCCCUUUGCAACUCCCACAACGGCGCUAACUGGCAGAGACGGCAGCCUGACGAGCAACCCUUACUCUGGUGACUUAUCAAAGUUUGGUCGGGGUGAUGCAUCAUCUCCGUCUCCAGCCACCACAUUAGCUCAGACACAACAGAACCAGAGCCAGGCGCAUCACACCACACAGCAGCCCUUCCUCAAUCCCGCACUGCCACCAGGCUACAGCUACACAAGCCUCCCAUACUACACUGGCAUGCCAGGCUUGCCCAAUACCUUCCAGUACGGACCUGCUGUGUUUCCGGUGGCUCAGACCUCGUCAAAGCAGCACGGUGUCAACGUUGGCGUCAAUGCAUCAGCCACACCCUUCCAGCAGGCUAGUGGCUAUGGUUCCCAUGGAUACAGCACUGGCUAUGAGGAUGUGGGCCAGGCUUCAGGGAGUGGGGAUUUCUGUAAGGGCGGAUACGGCACUGCCGUGGCCGCUGCUGCUUCUGCACAAAACAAGCCAGCCAGCUCUGUCACCGGGCCGGGAGUCGGAGUCUCUGUGACAUCAAGCAACACGGGGGUACCAGAUAUUUCAGGGUCUGUUUACACAAAGACGCAGCAGUCGUUUGAGAAGCAGGGUUUCCAUGCCGGCGCGCCAGCAGCUUCGUUCAGCCUGCCCUCGGCUCUGGGGAGCGGUGGACCCAUCAACCCCCCGACGGCUGCCGCCUACGCCCCGGCCCCCUUCAUGCACAUCCUGGCACCGCACCAACAACCCCACUCUCAGAUCCUGCACCACCACCUGCAGCAGGACGGACAGAGCGGGACCGGACAGCGCAGCCAGAACGCCUCCAUUCAGCAGAAGUCUCAAAUCAACAAGUCGGCAUACAACAGCUACAACUGGGGUGCAAACUAACAUCAACUGUUGGGGCCCCCGCGCUGUUGACAGAAGCUAGUGGGGGGCUCAUCACUCCUUUCGCAAACGGUCUCCACAUAUAAACUCCCCCCUCCCCCUGCAGAGGUUCCCUCCCCAGUCUCUUGGCCCAGCACUCCUGCAGCUCUGACUGCGGUCAGAGGAGGUGCUGUGCCGAGAGAACCAGCACCGCAAAGAUUGAUGGAUGGAUGGGCGGGAGGGACAAAAGGGGCUUAGAAGAGCGGGGAGAUCGGAGCUAAAUGGUUAUAGAAAUACACCGUCAAGAGGUGAAAUAUUGAGUGUUGGGAAUUUGUAUUGUGUUAAUCCCCCAGCCCCACCCAUUUUUCUUUGACUUGUAUGUAACAUAGAACUGUUUUCUAAAAGAAUGAACGUUUUAUGUCUGGUCUUUUUUUUUUCUUUUUUUUUGUCUUCCCCCUCCCCGCUUUUUUUCUUGCAGAUGGGGAGGAAUGAACUAAUAUCUAAAGGUGGGGGGGGACAGGCUGGUUUUGUAUUGCUCACCCUCAACUCCUCUCCUUAAUUUGUUGGUGGAACAAAAAAAUACCCAAAUACAUAAAUUUGCUUAAUUGCUGUUGAAUGUUUUUUUUUAUUUUUUAUGUAAUUUUAAGUUUGAAGAAACGAUUCUCUAAAUUGGUAGAAUUGUGAAGUUUAUUUUUUACCAAAUAUAGAUAUAUUAUAUAUAAAGACAUAUAAGCGAUCUCACUGGCUUGGACGGUGAGGAAAGUGUUUGUCAUGUGACUGCGUGCAUGUUUGUACACAUGGGGGCUGUGGUUGUGUACUGUGCUUUGUUUUUUGCCUAGCACAGAAUUUUUCAUUAUCCAACACUUGUACAGUAACUGUUCCUACAAAUUAUAAAUAUGUUGCAUAAAGGCCUCACCUAUUCUGCAAGAGAUGUUGAAUGAUUUCCAAGGCCAAUACACACCCAAUCUGCCUUCCAGUGUGUUUUUUGUUUUUAUUUUAUUUUUUGAGGCCCCCCACCACCUCCCUGCUCCACCACCUGUCUCCCAUUGUAAGGAAACCUGCAGCAUUGAAUACCGAUGGACAAAAUUGUACUAUGGUUUUUUUUUUUGGUCAGUGAUUUAUUUUGUUCUUUUUGUACUGUGCGUUUUAAAAACAAUUUAAAUGGAUAAACUUGUCUUGUACAUAUAUAAAAAAAACACAAGUACUGUAGUCCCUGUUUGUUCGAUGGCUUUCUCCUUUACCUUCUCAAGAAUCCUUGCAGACUUGUUAGCUUUUUGUUUCAUGUAUUUUUUUUUAUUUUGUAAAAAUAUAUAAAUAUUAAGUAAAUAAACAAGAAAACGACUUUCAUAAA